AUGCCAGAGGGCGACAUUUGGGAGCAAGUAUGCGAGGCGUUCUACGGUCCCGAUAGAGAAGAGCUGUUAGACGGAUUGACAGAGGAGCAAGUUAUCGGGCGUAUCCGUCGCAUUCGCCGCCGAUACUACGGUGGUGAUAUUCACGGAGUUGUGGAAGUCCCUCCCUUCUCCAAAGUGAAAGACUCGGCCAUCCCAUUCUUCCGGUUCCAUUUGGUAACGGCCCACCCCGAUCCUAAGAAAGCACCAAGUCGUGUGCUAGGCUGGGCCCAUCCUGCGCUGAAAGAGCUCCUACUCUACAACAGCGUAUCUCUUUUCCUCGACGGUACUUUUCGAUCUGUACCACGAGGAUUUCGCCAGUGCUUGAUCUUAAUGGUGGAUGACCCAGCGCGUAACCUGUUCACACCGGUAUACUUCGUGCUCUGUACGUCCCAGACUGAGUCCAUGUACGACGAUAUCCUGCAUCUCAUCUACCGCGACACCGGCAAAAAGCUCAAUCCUGCAGAAAUUGUAUGUGAUUUCGAGUUUAGCCUCAUCUCAUCUGUUCAGACCCGGUUCCCGAACGCUGAAGUGGUGGGCUGUUUCUUCCAUUUUAAACAAGCCAUUCGCCGGCGACUGAAAGACGAGCGCAUCUCCGACGACGAAGUGACUAUCGCUAUGGAGUCUGGCGUCUUGGACAUUCUCACUGUAAUUGAUCCAGACCUCGUCGAUCCGAAGGGCAUCGCAUGGGUGAAGCAGGAGAUCAAGCAGAGGUGCAUCGCGAACAAUUGCCCAUACUCACGCCGUGAGUGGAAAAGUUUUUGGGUUUACUUUAGAAAAACCUGGCUUGAGCGAUACUACAUCACUGAGUGGAAUGUGUUUGGUAUCGCCAAUACUAUCGUGGCGCGCACAAACAACCCCUUGGAGAGGUUUAACAGGGAGAUGAACGCCGCGUUCAAGCCCCACCCCAAGCUUCGACACUUUGUUUCUACAAUUGCCAAAAUUUCAACUGCUUACGCGCAGCGGCAAGCCAACAUCACGCGCGGUCUACGCAAGAAGAAACAGCGUCCACCACGCGUUGAGUUGCCGGCUGCCCCCGACUUAGCAACAUUUGAAGUUCCGCCUGAGUCGGAAGAUGAAGGUGACUAUGAUGAGCUUGGCGACCAGUCCGACGGCUCAGUCGAAUCAGCUCGUAGUGGCGAAACUGAUCACUCUUCGAAGGAAGAUGAGCCACCCCGAAAUGCGCAGUCGGCUGAAGACUUGCAGCAGCAAAUUGAUGAGCACGCUAACACUUACAACUUCUUCCUUGACUCGGACAGUGACCACGAUCCAGAUGAAGAAAAUGGCGUGGAGGAGUGGUCAUUCUAG